AUGGCCGACGGAAGAGAAGGAGCCUCGUUCUGGGAUAUCGGCGAACCAAGGAAGGUUUUGGAGCGGAUAGAGAAUGGGAACAGAUCGUGUGAAGAUUUGAUGAGCAUGAUCCAAGAGCGUGCUGAUGUGGAGUUCAGAUACGCGAAGAACUUAAGACAGUGGGCUCAGAGAUGGGAUGAGGCGCUGAUGAAAGGAUCCGACUAUGGGUCCGUGCUGACAGUCUGGCGUGCCGUGCUGCACGAGGCUUCGGCAGUGGCGAAGAUUCACGAAAACUGCCGAACACGCCUGACGGGUGAUGAAGGGCCGUUUUACAACAUGUACAAAUGGAAGAACGAUCAUUUUCAUCGGGGAAGUUUUGGCGGGCUUCGGGAGACGAGAGAAGCCGUUGAGCAGUUUGCGGCUGCGCAGAAGGAAUACGCAAAGCUGCUGAUGAAAGUUCAAAGGGCCAAAAAAGCGUACUUUACAGCGAGCGUGGAUGCCUACAGAUCGCGGCGUUUUGCCGACGACGAAGCCUCGAAUGAGGCUGUCAGUCCCGAAGCGAGAUGGAGGCUCAGAGAGCGCGCAGACGGGCUGGUGUUUGAGAGAGAAAGGCUCAAGCAGGUUUAUUUACGGAGAGUCUUGCUGUGCAACGCUGCAGCAAAAGAGAGAUACGUCGAGAACAUGACGUCAGCCUUUGGGAGAUGGCAGGGGUUUGAGAGGUCACGUGUGGAACACCUCAAGUCGCAGCUUCUGCUGUUCGUCCGAAAUAUCAGCAUCCACUCGACCACCGGAUUGGGUGCAGUGUACCAGCACAUCACCGAGCAGAUACGUGGUGCAGAGCCGGUUGCCGACGUGGAGGAAUGGGGCCGGAAACACGGCACGGGAUGCCCAGCAAACUGGCCCAAGUACGAGGAGAUCGACCCCCGCACGUACCGGGAACCGGCAGAGGAGUUUCUCCAUCACCAACACCGGGGGAUGGUACAACCUGGCCACACUACGGACGAUUUGACAGAUGGAUUCACAACCACUGAUGAUUUCGACUCAGAACUGGACAGCACAAAGCACCACGCCCAGCACCACGCCCAGCACCACGCCACAGCACACAAACCCCAUCGCCUCCACCAGUACCAAGCCCAACAAUAUCGUCACCACCACCAACGACCCCCUGGUCUCCGCUACUCACAAAACGAAGAUCUGAGUGAGAGGUGGCUGAAAGAUCACCACAGACAGGACGGUUGGCAAGGUCAUGACGUUGGGGGUGUUGAGCGAGGUUGGUAUGAUGAGGAUAAUAAGAGGCAUCCUCAACAUCAUAACGAGGAUGACCUCCAUGGUCACAACGCACACGCUGUACACGAUGCCUACGAUGACCACAUAGAUGAUUUGCAUAAAGGUCAAAGGUCACAUCACAUGACAGGGCCUCGCUCCCCGCAUACUAAUGAUGAAAAACCUCAUCACUACGUAGAGCGUAUUGACUCCUCAUAUCCAGGUCAUGUCCUCAGUCAUGUCCUCAGUCAUGACCCAAGUCAUGACCAAGGUCAUGACCCGAGUUACAACCAAGCCCGUGAACUCAGUAACGACCUCUCUCGCGGCCAAACAAACAGCUUUUCUGAAACACUCGCUGUGAUGCCACCAAGUCAGGAGUUCCGUUACCAUGGUAAUCACACGUCAUCUGCACACUUGAAGAAUACGCUGCAUGAUGUCGGUUGCUAUGGUAGCUAUGAUUCCCGUGACGUCAGCAGUGAGGAGAACAUUGCAACUGGCAAGUCUUCUGCUACAACUGAAGAAAAAUAUCACAAACAGCAAGCAGAGGACAAACACACGGACGACAAACCAGGACAAACCAUCCCACAGACAGCCAAUCAACCCACAGACAAACUACAUGAAAACAACUUAGCCCAUCAUGAAGCUCCCGGUGGCAAAACGCAGCAUACUCCGGCACCCCAGGCGCAACAGCACCAGGCACCUACGGGGAAAACCCCUACCCGAGCCCCGGUGGUAGACACACCCACCACGGUGACCGCUAAGGUGCGGACAUACAAAGACAGACUGGACGCUCCGGAGGGAAAAAGGGCGGCCCGUUUAGAACACGCACGUCAGACGCUGAAACCAAAAGAAGGGGAGCGACUCGUGAGGGCGCUUUACGAUUUCAAACCGGCCACGCGGGAUGAGAUGGCACUGAAACAAGGUGAAAUAGUCGUGCAGAUCGGGCACCACCUUAGCAACGGAUGGGCGUACGGUCGAAAUAAGGCAAAUGUCAGAGGUCACUUUCCCGCUAGCUACGUCCAGUGAUCGUACCGUUAGAAAGUCAACCUAGACCGUACGGGG